AUGCUAGCCAUUGGGUAUGAUCAUCAGCCCAUUCUGUUAAAUUUUAAUCCUCACUGGAAAAAUGGUAAGAUACCAUUCAAAAAUUUUGGACCUUGGUUAGAUCAUGCUGACUGCAGGAAAAUUAUAGCUGAAUGCUGGAACAAGGUCACUCCAGGUUCAAGUGCCUUCUCCAUUGCUAGGAAACUUAAAGACAUCAAAUUACAAAUCAGAGUACAGAACAAGGAAUUUUAUGGAAAUAUCAAAACCAACAUUGAAGAAUGCAAACAACACUUAACUUGGUUACACACUUACUAUUUCAGAGCUGACAGAGGACAAGCCCUAGCUGAUGCUAGAAAGCAACUAAAAAACUGGCAUGAUAUUGAAGAGAAAUUCUGGAAAACUAAGAGCAGGGACCAACUUAUCAAGCUGGGUGAUCAAAACACAAGUUACUUCCACAGAGCCACAAAAAUUAGAGCAAGGAGGAAUAAAAUUGAAACUAUUCAAACUAAAGAAGGUAUUUGGAUCACUGAACAUCAGGAGGUUAAAGACUGCUUUACCAAUCAUUUUUCACAUAUGGCUACAGCUGAAAUUACCAAUUCCUCUUCUGAAAUAAUUAAUCUCAUCCCCUCAACCAUAGCUGUUGAAGAUAAUAUCACCCUUAACAGAAAGCCAGAACCUGAAGAAAUAAAAGCUAUCUUAUUUAGUAUGGCAAAUGACAAAGCUCCAGGUCCAGAUGGAUUCCCACCAAAUUUCUUUAAAAUCAACUGGGAUAUUAUAGCUGCUCUCAUCAAUGGAUCUCCUGAUACAUUCUUCAAACCCUCUAGUGGCCUUAGACAAGGUGAUCCUCUAUCUCCUUACCUUUUUCUAUUCUGUAUGGAAUCCCUCUUAAGAAAUUUAUUGCAUACUGAGGAGAUAGGCCUUAUUCAUGGGAUGAAGAUAUGCAAAGCAGCACCCUCUAUCAGUCACCUCCUAUUUGCAGAUGACUGCAUGAUCUUCUACAAAGCAAAUACUAUAGAAGCACAAAACAUCAUGCAACUAUUGCAGACAUUUGGAAGUACUUCUGGUCAGCUCAUCAAUUUUCAUAAAUCUGGAAUCUUCUUCAGCAAAAACACUAAUCCUGAGCUAAUUCCUCAAAUUAGCCAUUCAAUGGGAGUUCAAGUCCUUCAGCUUGAUGAUAAAUACUUAAGAUCGCCACUCUUCACUCAUAGAAGCAAAAUCAAUUCUUUCAAACCUGGAGUAGAAAAAUUUAAGCUAAGGCUAACUGGUUGGAAACAUACUUCUCUUAACCCUGCCAACAGAGAAGUAAUCAUCAAAUCUGUAACCUCCUCAGCCCGCAUUCACCAAAUGAAUUGCUUCAAAGUUCCUAAGAAAACUUGCAAAGACAUUAAUAAUCUGCAGAGAGAUUUCUUCUGGGGUAAGAAUAUAGAAAAUCCUUCUGGUUAUUACCCAAAGGCAUGGACAACAUCUGCAAGCCAAAAUCUCUGA